UCCACGCCAACGUCAUCACGCACAAGGAACUAAAUCUGUAGAGGAAACUGUAAAAAGUAUGGCUGCUAAGGUGAGUGUAACCAAAAGAGCUGAUCCAGCUGAGCUGAAGUCUAUAUUUUUGAAGUAUGCAACGAUUCAGAAGAAUGGGGAGAGUUUUAUGUCCCCUGAAGAUUUUCUGUCACGGUUUCUUCAUGCACACACCGACAUUAGGCUGAGUGAGAAGACAGUGGAGCUCCUGGCAGGGGUGGUGGACCAAACAAAAGAUGGGUUGAUUUCAUUUCAAGAAUUCCUUGCAUUUGAAUCGGUAUUAUGUGCACCAGAUGCAUUGUUUAUGGUAGCAUUCCAACUGUUUGAUAAAACUGGAAAAGGAGAAACCACUUUUGAGGAUGUCAAGCAAGUUUUUAGCCAGACCACAAUUCAUCAGCACAUUCCGUUUAACUGGGACUCCGAGUUUAUGCAGCUGCACUUUGGCAAAGAGAGAAAGAAGCUCCUCACGUAUGCUGAGUUCACACAAUUCCUCCUGGAAAUGCAGCUUGAACAUGCAAGGCAAGCUUUCAUCCAGAGGGACAAAGCCAAAAAGGGAACCAUUGCAGCUUUGGACUUCAGGGACAUCAUGGUCACGAUCCGGCCCCACAUGUUGACACCGUUUGUAGAGGAGUGCCUCGUAGCUGUUGCCGGGGGUACUACUUCUCAUCAGGUCAGCUUUUCCUACUUUAAUGGGUUUAACUCUCUGCUUAACAACAUGGAGCUCAUUAGGAAGAUCUACAGUACUCUGGCCGGUACUAGAAAAGAUGUUGAAGUCACUAAAGAGGAGUUUAUUCUAGCUGCACAGAAGUUUGGCCAGGUGACCCCAAUGGAAGUGGACAUCCUUUUUCAAUUGGCAGAUUUAUCAGAGUCACGCGGGCGUGUUGGAUUAGCAGACAUUGAAAGAAUUGCGCCAUUAGAGGAAGGAGCUCUCCCCUAUAACUUGGCAGAGGCUCAGAGACAGCAGUCUGCAGGUGAUGUGUCUCGACCGAUUCUGAUCCAGGUAGCGGAGUCAGCCUACAGGUUCGGUCUUGGUUCAGUUGCUGGAGCGGUCGGUGCUACUGCCGUUUAUCCAAUUGACCUGGUGAAAACUCGGAUGCAGAACCAGCGCACUUCAGGGUCUUUUGUGGGAGAACUUAUGUACAAGAAUAGCUUUGAUUGCUUCAAGAAAGUACUGCGGUACGAAGGCUGCUUCGGGCUCUACAGAGGUCUUCUACCACAGCUCCUGGGUGUGGCACCAGAGAAAGCUAUAAAACUUACAGUGAAUGACUUUGUCAGAGGAAAAAGUGCUCAGAAAGAUGGCUCUGUUCCACUCUUCGCAGAGAUUUUGGCUGGUGGUUGCGCUGGAGGCUCCCAGGUGGUUUUCACCAACCCACUGGAGAUUGUGAAGAUCCGACUGCAGGUGGCUGGAGAGAUCACCACUGGUCCCCGUGUCAGUGCGCUGUCUGUCAUACGGGAUCUGGGAUUCUUUGGGCUUUACAAGGGUGCAAAGGCCUGCUUUUUGCGUGAUGUCCCUUUCUCUGCCAUUUACUUCCCUUGUUACGCUCACAUUAAAGCAGCUUUUGCUGAUGAGGAUGGACGAGUAGGCCCUGGGAGUCUGCUCCUGGCGGGAUCCUUGGCUGGUAUGCCUGCAGCCUCCUUGGUUACACCAGCUGAUGUUAUCAAGACCAGGUUACAAGUGGCCGCUCGUGCUGGACAGACCUCUUACACUGGAGUGAUUGACUGCUUCCGGAAGAUUCUUCGAGAAGAAGGCCCGAGGGCUUUUUGGAAAGGAGCAGGAGCCCGUGUGUGCCGCUCCUCGCCCCAGUUCGGUGUCACGCUGCUGACCUACGAAUUACUUCAGAGAUGGUUCUAUGUUGAUUUUGGGGGAAAAAAACCAUCUGGUUCAGAGCCCCAUCCCAAAUCUCGCAUUAGCUUACCGGCACCCAAUCCAGACCACAUUGGAGGUUAUAAGUUGGCCGUGGCUACGUUUGCUGGGAUCGAGAGUAAAUUUGGACUCCAUCUGCCACGUUUUACAGCGCAAGCAUAUACUUCACCUGCUGUCGUGGCCACAGCCCAGUCUUAAUGACUCAAACACAGUGAGCCCUCCCAUACCUGAUCAACUUAGGAUUUCUUGUUGUGGCUUUAGAGUGCUUCCUUUUAAACAUGUUACUGUAAGUAUUUCAUAUUGUGGCUACAGUGAUGUCCAAACUGAUAAGGAAGCAGUAUACAGUAGUAUCCGUUUCCCUAAGCAUCCCCUAUAAAGAGGAAUGAUCUUAUGUUUCAGUAACUCUGUCAUCAUUGUACUUCUAACACAAUCUUUAACAGUUUGAGAUACAGACUUAUUAUUUGUUUGGUUAAUACAAACCCUGUUUAAUUUCCUGGUCAAUUUGAACGCUGACCAUUCCAUGAAGAUCGCUAACAUGCUAGGGUUCCUUCCAUUGGGCCUGGAUGGAUGACAUUUACUUGUGGUGUGAAAUUCUGUUUUGUGGACAUCACUCCUUUGAUGAUGACUAUUAUUCUCUAGGUUACAUUUGUAACAUGUGUUUCUCAUGUAAGAUGAGUGUCACAUGACUGAAGUAAUACCGUUUUUUUGGUACCUUUCCAUGCACAUUUAUCAAGAAGUUAACAACACCUGAUUGGCUGUGUUUAUCUUGGGACCAAUGCUCCCAAAAUGUAGUUUGGUUUGGACAAAAAUCAAGGUGUUCCACAUUACACACGUAACCCUGGUAACUUAUAUCGGCAUAAUUUUUUAUUUUUGCACGCACAUUUGUUGUGUUUAAUUUGUUUUUUGCAGAGAAGUAUUUUAUCAGUACUGUAAUUGUAUCACAAUUUAUAAGAUAGUCUGGAAUUAUGUUCAUCCUUUCACAAGGAAAUAGAUUGAAAUUCAAAUAAUGGGUCGGAGUGAGAUUAUAUUUAUUCCAUUCAAUUUUUUUUUUUUUUUUUUUUUAACACUCAGGUCUUUCCUCACUGAAUGUGAUUCUAGAAUAUAAUAUGACUAAUGUUUAAAUGUUUGGAGUGUUUGUAGAUUAGUUAGACUUGUGUGUAUAUUUUACAUUCCUUGUUCCUCGGGUUGCAAAUGAAAUGACCAAACAUUUUAAUAAACAGAAACGUGAAUAAUUUAACCUAUUUUCUAGUAACUGGUGUGUGUGCUUUGUUCUCAGAUUUUUUUUUUUAGUAUAUUAAAUAGAGCCUUAACCCUUUGUGCAGUACGAACGUACGCAACUUUUAAACUUGAAUUACUGAGCCUACAAAACUCCUGCUAACAUGAUAUUGUAACACUAGGUUUCUGUAAAACCUUUAUUGGUCUCUUGCAUCCUCUUCUAAAUAUUGACUGAAUUACAGUACAUGUAAUUAUCCCAGUCACAAAAAUGUCAACAGUGCUUGUAAACCGGCGAAGAUCUCUCAGUGAGAAAGAAGUAUUAGUAAUAAUUUCAGUAAUAAGUUAUUAGUAAUAAGUUCAGAUUCCGAUUUUAAAUUCAAAUGCAUACAAUUCUUCCACUGAAUUGGAUGUCGGCCAUAUCUCAGUGAAGACAUAGGCGAAUAAAGAGGUGGCGCCAAUCUCUGUGUGUUGCUCCAUGCUUCAAGGAGUACCUGAUACGCUGAAGCAUUAGAGACUCUCACUCCCUCCACCCGGAUUUGAUUUAUUCAUCUCCCCCCCCCCUCCUCUUUCUCAUUGUGGUUGUUCUACCCUGUUGUUUAUCGCCUACAUGUUAUUUUUUUAGUAAAAA